AUGGCUCCAUUCAGAUUAGACUCCAUUCUGAUAGUGUAUCCCGAGUCUGCUACGACGCUGGUUCAAUUUGGGCUGAACGACGAGGCGUUUACUGUGCCCGAAUUAGAGAUUCCAACGAGAAUAUAUAAGGAAGUGGGCAGUGACAAAAAGAAUAAGUACUUUUCUGAGCCGACGGAGACAUCUGUCGAGGUGUCUCCGAUAAAAGAUGGGCUGAUUGCCGACCUUCCUGCGUUUUUGCAGUUUUUGAAACUGGUUUACGGAUCGAUCCUGGCCAAGCAGUCGGUGAAUAACCCAAGCGCUUUUGAGUUUCAACUGGCGAACAUCCCCCUGUUGUUGCUGACAAGCCACAAAUGGUCUCAGAUCCAAUGCGAAAGGAUCACGCAGUUUGUAUUCGAGCAUUUGCAAAUGAGCAGUUUGUUUCUGCUGUCGUCUGCCCUCGCAACCACGUACGCCUUGGUAUCGCAGCCGAACUCUAUCAUCAUUGAUAUUGGGACCAGCUACACCGAUAUUGUCCCUGUGAUAGACUACACGGCAUUGGCCUACAUUGGGAGUAGAUUGAAAAUGGGAGGGGACCGUAUAAACCAAACACUCAAGAAACUACUUCCUCACCUGUCAGACGAGGACAUCGAAAUCCUUAAAAAAUCGCACAUCUUCGAAGUAGUCAACGACGACAUGAAAAAGUUCCACAAGAUUUUGGAUACUGCCGGUGAAGAUGGUGUCGAGGAUGAAGAAGAAGGCUCAUUGAAUGUAGUGGAUCUUGUUACCUCCGGCCGUGAUCCCAGAGAAGUUUUAGAGGAGAGAGAAAGAAUGAAAAAUGAGAAGAAGAAGAACGUCCCCAAUUCAGAGAUGGAGACCAACUCGUUUUGGGAUUCCCAGGGGAACGAGGUCACGAUUGGUAAGCAAAGGUUUCAGGGCUGUGACGAGCUGAUCGCAAAGAUAUCCGAGAGAACAGGUGCCGUCAUGAACAACAUACCAGACGUUGCAAAGGCACAAAUUGCCUGGGAAAAUAUAAUCAUCACAGGUGCGACCAGCUCCAUCCAGGGGUUUAAAGAGGGGUUGAUUGCCAAAUUGGUGAAAGAUCAUCUAGUCAUUGAACCUGAAGAGGAGAAGAAUUCACGAGAGCAAGCCGCGUUGGAAGCACUUCCCGCUUACAAAAGAAGUAAGAAUAAAUUUAUGGACACCUCCGUUGUUCCAACAUUGGAGUACUCGCAAAUUCCUACCGUAAUCAAACUUUCAAAGUACCCUGAAUAUUUCCCUAAUUGGAAGAAACACGGCUACGCUGACAUUUCGUUUCUCGGCGCCCAAAUUGUCGCUAAGCAGAUAUUUACUCAUUCAAGAGAUGUCAACUAUAUCUCGAAAAGUAAAUAUGAUGAGACUGGACCCUCAUGUUUGUGGGAUAUUGCAGUUUAA